CGCCACAACUCGAACAUGUCUAAUGUCUUCCUGGAUGAUCAGUCGGAAAAUACCCAAGUAAAAGCAAGGAUUGAUAAAAUGUCCGACAACCACGAAGCACAAAAAGAUGAACUGCUGGCUUUAGCAAGCAUAUAUGAUGAAGAAGAGUUUCGCAGGGUGGAAUCAGGACGGGAAGGUGAGAUCCAUCUGUGCCUUCAGCUUCCUCCUGACUUCAAACUGCUAAUAAAGGGACCAACAUGUGUGGAAUAUGAUUUAUCAUUUCUACCAAUGGUUCUGAGUUUUAAACUACCUGUGGACUACCCUUUAUCAUCCGCUCCAGACUUUACUCUAAACUCCAAAUGGCUCACAAGAGUUCAAAUCACUGCACUUUGCAAAAGACUAGACAAGCUUUGGGAGGAAAACCGAGGAAAUGUUGUGCUUUUUACCUGGAUCCAGUUUCUGAAGGAAGAAACUCUGGAAUUCCUGGGCAUCCAAUCUCCACUUGAGAUCCAAAGCAUUGGUGUUCAGUCUCAGGGUGAAUCUGACCAGAAACAGGGAGUAAACACUGCUGGAGAAAACAGUAAACCGCAAGAAUUAGACCCAAGAGCUGUUCAAGAAGAUGAUCCUUACACAGACAUACUAAACCAGCUGCUGGACUUUGAUGACGCUCAGAAGCAGAAAGUGUUUGAUGGAAAGUUAUUCUGUUGUGGGAUUUGCUACUCUGAGAAGCUGGGCUCCAACUGUUUGCUCUUCAAAGAGUGUCAACACGUCUACUGCAAGGGCUGCAUGAAGGAAUACUUUCAGAUCCAGAUCAGAGAUGGCAAAGUCCAGUGCCUUAACUGUCUUGAUCCAGAGUGUACGUCCAUAGCCACUCCAGCACAGGUGAAAUCUCUGGUGGGAGAAGAUGAGUUUGCCCGGUACGAUCGUCUGCUCCUUCAGUCAAGUUUGGACCGGAUGAAAGAUGUUAUGUACUGUCCCCGCAUGAGUUGUUGCAUGGCUGUGAUGUUGGAGCCUGACACCACUUUGGCCAUGUGCCCGUCUUGUCGACACGCUUUCUGUAAUCUCUGUAAGCGAAGCUAUCACGGCCUCUCUCAAUGCAUAGUCACUGCUGAUGAAAUUCGAGGGUUGCGGGAGGAAUAUCUAGCUGCAAGUGACGAAAGGAAGAAGUUUCUCGAGAAGCGUUUUGGAAAGCAGGUCAUUCAGAAAGAGUUGGAUACUUACUAUAGCAAAGUAUGGUUGCAGGAUUACAGUAAGAAGUGUCCAUCCUGUAGUGCUCCUGUACAGAAAGACAUGGGCUGUAACAAGAUGCACUGUUACUCCUGUCAGAAGAAUUUCUGCUGGGUUUGCCUUGCAGUUCUCAGUGAUACAGACCCAUACCUCCACUUCCGAAAAUCACCAUGCACCCUUUAGUGAGUGCCUUCAUAUAGACAGUCUGAAUGUGUUUCAGUGUCUUGAUUUAUCAGUUUAGUUUUAAGCAGCCGUAUGUAAUCUACGUUUGGGAGGUCAGUGUCUUGCCCUUUGCAUUAAACAGCUAUACUGUUGAAAAGACACUCUGAAAUACUAAAGCAUGGAAAUUUACAUAUGAUUGGUUCGUGGUUUUUUUUAAUUAAUAUAAAACUACAACUAUAUGAAACAUGGACAAACUCACCUAAGUUUAAGGUAUAGUGGAGGAUUUUCUUUUUCCGGGUGGAUCAUCAAGACUAUUGGUCCUCCUAGUUGUCAAUCAUUCCGGUGAUUUGUUUACGUAAGGCUGUCAUACACGCUCGUUCCUUGGUAGUUUUUGCUUUCUGCGCAUUUGCACUUUCAGGUGUAUAUGUGUGGUUAGCUACGGUUUCAGCCAUUCAUUGAAGCUCGCGUUCUCACCGUGUUUUUUCAAAAUGUCUGAGGGUCGCAAGAGAAAAAGUGUCUACGAAUUAUAUGACAAGAGAAAGGCCUCUGAAGAAAAAACAAACCAGAGUGUUAUUGGGAGAAUAUGUCACAUGCUGGCGUGCGCUAAAAGCACAGUUUGGGCUUCCCACUGAUGCAUCAGUCGCGAAAUUUCUACUCGACAGGUAAAGUUUGGCAUGCUAUUUGGAGAAAUCCAUUUAAAAUCACUGCUAGUAAAAGUUGAUGUACGCUAUGAUUAGCGAUGCUAGCCCUGGCACAAUCACACACCGCGCAGACACAGUAAACAUCUCAGUAUGUCUAAAGGAGCCUUAUGACCAAAUGGUAGAAGGUAUCACGCUGAAAUGUUCUAAAACCUUGUGUGUUCAUUUUGAUAAUUCCAAUGUGUUCACCAUAGUAUUUAUUACACAAAUGCAACAAACUACUUCUCCAUUGCAGACCAUGUAUUGAGUCCUCACCCAAUCAAUCAGUAUAAUAAGUAAAUAAAACACAGAAGGGCAUUUGACAUUUUGCCUUGCAUGACGAUCUCUUGAGCAUUCGUUUAAUAGGCGUUCCCUCUCGGGAGCAGGUUGAGUGUUGCGCAUGUGCAUUUUUUCAAAAAGUGGAGAGGGCGGUUCUUCUCUAAAACUCGGAAAAAAUCUUCCACUAUACCAGGGGUAGGCAAGUUCGGUCCUAGAGAGCCGCAGUCCUGCAUAUUUUAGCCUAAGCACUGAUAAUCUAACCUGCUGUCUAAAUCCUAAAGACAUUGAUUAGCUUGUUCAGGUGUGUUUGAUUAGGGUUGAAACUAAACUCUGCAGGACUGCGGCUCUGUAGGACCGAACUUGCCUACAUCCGCACUAUACCUAUAAGCGAAAAAUGAAACUUGAAUCCUAUGUAUUAUUAUAACUUUCUGAUUUUCACAUGAAUUUUGUAAGUCAGGAAAUUAUUUACACAACAUGAGUGCAGUAUAAUUUAACUAGCCUCAUCUGCGGAGCUAGUGUGAUUAUGUUUUUUGCACCACAGACAGCUAAAUAUUUCAGUCGACCGUUCAGGCACCAAAACGAGGCACCAAAAUCUGUGUUCUGAUUUGGUCCAGUAGAUACUGGCCAUAAUGGCACAGGGAAUCGAUACCCAACCAUAAAACCAACUGCAGUUUGAUUGAUAUUAAAUGAAAUGCAUAAUCAAAAAACAAGUUUUUUGGUCUUUUAAUCCAGCAGAAAAAGGGUGCCAGGUCUGCUGCAAUGGAAAAUUCACAUUUGUGCAUGUUUUUUAUUCUGUGCACUAAGCAUUUUGAAAUAUAUUUAUGCAUUUGACAGACACUUUUAUUCAUAUACAUCACUUUUAUGUUUAUUUUACUCUAUUCUACUUUUCAUUUGGGUUUUUGUAAACAUUUUGAACAAAUCUCAUGUCAAAGCAAAAUAUUUCUGUAGAAGGUGAAGACUCUUAUUCUGUUUUGACUUACAUGAAACACACAUUAUGGGAUGUCAAUGUAAUUGAUUUUACAUUGUAAUGAAUAAUCAAAUUGAUUACAUAUUGUUUGCUGAUUAAAUCGCUUAGAAAGAUGGAAGAUCAUUUAAAGCCAUUACAUUAUUGUGCAUACAUAUACUAUAAAUCAUUAAUUAGACAUGACUAAAAGUCUUUAGUAGAAAGUAUAUAAUUAUUUAUUUCCAUAUGAUUGAGUCCAGGCCCAGUGAUAGACCAACGGGACAAUCUGUUUAGUAAAUGAGAGAAUAUGAGAUAGGCCACAUUAAUUAUUGUUUUCUUGCAUAGUUUGUGUUGAACUAUUUAUAAAUAGUUGGCUUCUACAUGUGUCAGAUGUUUGUCUUUGGCUAUUGCAUUGUGUUUAACUGUUGUUUAGCAUCUCAUGUCAUAAGCAACUCACAUCAUGUGCAUUUCCUUGCACAUUCUAUGCUACAUGUUUUGGGUAAAUGUGCAUUGUCUACAUGCUGUGGUAGCAGUUAUAUCUUAUAAGGUCUAAUUCUUUAAUAUUAGUUAAUGUUAAUAAAGUCAUUAGGUGUCAUGAAUAAACCUUAGUUUAUUUAGACUGAUGUUAAUUUAUAAACAUACCACAGUUUUUGUUAAUUCAAGUUAAAUUAACUAAUUUAUACAGCAAGAAAUGCAAAAACAAUGUUUUAGUAUAAUUACAUUAAAGGGUCUACUAGAAGAAAUCCUGUACUGCAUGUUAUUAAA